AUGGCCGAUGCCUCCUCCGUCGAGGGAGCGGCCGACGCCUCCUCCGUCGAGGGAGCGGCCGACGCCUCCCCCGUUGAGGAAGCGGCCGAUGCUUCCUCAGUUGAGGAAGCGGCCGGCGCCUUCGUCGAGGAAGCGGCCGAUGCCUCUUCCGUCGAAGGAGCGGCCGACACCUCCUCCGUCGAGGAAGCGGCUGAUACCUCCUCCGUCGAAGAAGCGGCUGACACCUCCUCCGUCGAAGAAGCGGCCGACACCUCCUCCAUCGAAGAAGCGGCCGACACCUCCUCCGUCGAGGAAGCGGCCGAUACCUCCUCCGUCGGGGGAGCGGCCGACGCCUCCUCCGUCGGGGCAACGGCGGACGCCCCUUCCAUUGAGGAAGCGGCCGAUGCCUCCUCCGUCGAGGGAGCGGCUGACACCUCCUCCGUCGAAGGGGCGGCCGACACCUCCUCCGUCGAGGAAGCGGCUGACACAUCCUCUGUCGAGGAAGCGGCCGAUGCCUCCUCCGUCGAGGGAGCGGCCGACGCCCCUUCCUUUGAGGAAGCGGCCGAUGCCUUCUCCGUCGAGGGGGCGGUCGACACCUCCUCCGUCGAAGGGGCGGCCGACACCUCUGCCGAGGAAACGGCCGACACAGCCUCCGUUGUGGGAGCGACCGAUGCCUCCUCCGUCGAGGGAGCGGCCGACACCUCCUCCGUCGAGGAAGCGGUCGACGUCUCCUCCGUUGAGGAAGCGGCCGAUGCCUCCACCGUCGAGGGAGCGCCCGACGCCUCCUCCGUCGAGGGAUUGGCCGAUGCCUCCUCCGCAGAGGAAGCACUUGCCGCUGAAGCCCCCUCUGGCGAGGAAUCGGCCGACGCCGACCCGCCCGUUGUGCGCUCAACGGCCGUGAAUCUGGCGCUGGCGGAGCUCCGGAGGAUCACGGCGUUCCUUCUCUCCGCAUCGAACACGAUGUCAGCGGCCGUCGACACCAAUGUCUGA